CCAAGAUGACCCGAGUCUCCGUUCUUAACGACUGCUUGAACAACAUCGUCAACGCCGAGCGACGAGGAAAGAGGCAGGUGCUCAUUAGGCCCGCCAGCAAGGUCGUUGUCAAGGUCUUGUCGGUCAUGCAGAAGCACGGCUACAUCGGCGAGUUCGAGCUUAUCGACGACCACCGAGGUGGAAAGAUCGUUAUCCAGCUCAACGGACGAUUGAACAAGACCGGUGUUAUCUCUCCCCGAUUCAACGUCACCCUUGACGCCAUCGAGAACUGGGUCAACGUCUUGUUGCCCGCCCGUUCGUUCGGAAAGAUCAUCCUUACCACCUCUGCCGGUAUUAUGGACCACGAGGAGGCCAGGAGGAAGCACACCGGAGGAAAGAUCUUGGCUUUCGUCUACUAGACGCAGAGUUCGGUUUCUUUUUGGGUUUACCUCUAUCGAGAGCGAAGAGAGAUUUGGAGGGUUCGGUUGAGGAAGAGUGGUCGGCGUACGCAAAUGCCUCGACCGGUCGGUGGAAGGAUUGUAGUCUAGUAGUACCUCCUUUGCCUAUCUGCGCGGGUGUCUGUGAUGAUACCAAUCGGGACUCUCCCCCUUCAGUCUUUUCGCAUCAAUCGUUUGAUAGGCUCUGUUUUGAGACCCUUCCGCGCCUUUUCCUCCUCGUCAUGACCAGUCUCGUGUUUCACAGCAGAAACAGGAGGGUAUUGU